AUGGUUCAUACGGUUCCUCUCAUCAUUUUUAUGGACGAUGUUUCUGGCAAUGUCUCCAAACAAUGGAACAAGCACCACACGAUCUAUAUGUCAAAUGCCAACCUACCGCGCGAGAUGCUCGAAAAAGAAUUUUUUGUACGAUUUGUCACAUUGUCGCCGCACGCUGCUCCCAUGGAGCUUAUGAGGGCCAUGAAAGAGUCGAUAUGUAACGCCGCCAAAUCAGGUAUAAUUGCCUGGGAUUGCAAGUAUAACGAAGAGGUUUUGUUGAUUCCGUACACGCUCUUCCUCACUGGAGACAACCCCAUGCAAGCAGAAGAAUGUAGCCAUGCCGGCUUAAACUGCAAUUACUAUUGCAGGACUUGCGAUACUGGUGGGAUGAAAGAAUAUAAGGUGUCUGGUGACGGGUACAGCAGUCUUUUCAUGUUUGAGAUUGCGCUGAAGUCAGGAGCGUCGGAGAAGAUCAAGAAUUCGGUAUCAUCGACUGGUAUUCGUGAUUCCACUUCUAGUUCGAUCCUCAAUGUGUUAGUAGAGCUCGGAAAGAAACUUCGAAAGUGUGCCGCUGGUACCCAAGCAAUGCCAGAAGCCGAAGUUACAGCUCUUGAUGACGCUAUUAACCCAUUGUUGGGAAUGGAAGGCCUCGAUAUACACAUGGACACUCCAACGGAAAUUCUGCACACAAUACUGCUUGGUAUCGUCAAGUAUUUUUGGGGGCAAACCGUGUUUUUGCUCGACAAGGCAAAGCUCAUGGGCAUCUUUCAGGUCCAUCUCGAGUCUGUUGAUAAGGACGGACUCAACGCUCCAUGCUUGAAUGCAGACUAUGUCUGUCAUUACAAAGGCAGUCUCAUAGGGAAACAUUUCAAAAGCUUGGCGCAAGUGAUGCUGUUUUUGAUUUAUGAUCUCGUCCCUUCAAUUGUUCUCAAUGCAUGGACUGUGAUAGGAGAGCUCGUCGUACUUGUCUGGCACACGAAGAUUGUGGAUACGGAAGCUUAUCUUGUAGGUUUAUGCAGAAAUAUGUGA